UUUCGAUUGUGUUUUCGGCAUCCCUAGUCUUAUUGUUUUAUCAAAAAGUCAUAAAGAAUAUCUGUCAAAAAUCGUCCGCUGCGCAGUUGAUUUAUUCUGUUUUCUGUCUUUUGCCUACUCUUUUGCCUUUGCAGCAAACUUUAAUCGUUGAGGAAAAUCAAUCUUUAAACCGAAAAUGCCGAACAUCAUUAAGCUGCAAUCUUCCGACGAGGAGAUCUUCGACACAGACAUCCAGAUCGCCAAGUGCUCCGGCACCAUCAAGACCAUGUUGGAGGACUGCGGCAUGGAGGAGGACGAGAACGCCAUUGUGCCGUUGCCGAACGUGAACUCGACUAUUCUACGCAAGGUUCUGAUCUGGGCCCAUUACCACAAGGACGACCCCCAGCCGACUGAGGACGAUGAGAGCAAGGAGAAGCGCACCGACGACAUCAUCUCGUGGGACGCCGACUUCCUCAAGGUCGACCAGGGCACACUCUUUGAACUGAUCUUGGCGGCCAACUAUUUGGACAUCAAGGGGCUGCUGGAGCUCACAUGCAAGACUGUGGCCAAUAUGAUUAAGGGCAAGACACCGGAGGAGAUCCGCAAGACCUUCAACAUCAAGAAGGACUUUACGCCCGCCGAGGAGGAGCAGGUGCGCAAGGAGAACGAGUGGUGCGAGGAGAAGUAAACGGCCGGCCGGCCCCAAAUCCUAUCGUCCGAAUCCCCAUGACGGAAAUUCUGUCAACCAGUGUGAAGAGCAGUUUGACACGAUACACACAGACACAAAGCAGACACGACAAGACAUGAUUCGGAGCGAUAAGGAUUGGCAGCUGAUGCUGGCUCCCUUAGUUGAUAGUUACCACUCAUUUUCCAUUCUAUGAACCAUAAUUUUUUUUUGUUUAAACACGAGCCCAUAUUCUACUGAUGAUCUGUCAAGCGGGGUAACACUUUAGUUCAUACAAGUAUGGAAUUUAUGGAAAACAGUAGUCUAAUCAUAAGAAUUUGCGAUUACUUCACCAAAAUAAAUAUUACUCAACACCAUAUUUGAGGAAAA